AUGAGUAUAACUAAUAGAAAUUCAAAUACCUCAACAACUGGGCUUUAUAGAAGAAAGUAUAAUGAUAAUUUAUCUACUGGUUCUGAGUUACGAAGUCUUUCAGCAACUCUUCAACCACGAUCUGUAGGAACAAGAAUUGGGUACUUGCUGCAAAAAUUUGGUGAAAAUGUUAAUGUAAACAGUUGGAAUUCAGUACGGUGGAAUAAAACUCAACCAACAGAUGCAUAUAAAGGACAUUCCAGUAGAUUAUCUAAGGCUUUCGAACCAACAACGUCAACUACUACAUUGCCAUUUAAUUCAUUUUCAUUAUCACCAGCAAUAAAAAGAAAUUUAGGUACAAAAACUAGUAGUAGUUUAAUAUCUUCUACGAAAACGAAUAAUUAUACUGAUACAAGUGGUUUAAAAUCUACAUAUAAAUUCGAUACAAAAAGUACAAUUGAAAAAAUUGAUAAUACAAUGAAUAAUUAUAAUGGAUAUAAAAGUAAUAUAGGGUAUAAACAUCAAUAUGCAUACCUAAAUAAUUAUAUUAAUAUGCCAUUAUCUUCAAGUAAAUAUUCAUCAUUAUUUAAUCAAAAAAGUAACAAUAAUCAUUCAAAUAGAAAUAAUAGAUAUAACGAAACAUUGAAUUAUGGACGAAGUUAUUCUUUACAAUCAAAUUCAUAUAAAAAUAAUAAAUUAACGGUACCAUAUUUAAAUAGCAGUAAUUUAAGAGCAUCAUCAUCAAAUAAAAUUGGAACCAAUAAUUCUACUAUUUUUGAUAGUAAAAAAAGAAGCGUAUCUAAUUUAUAUUCUUCUUCAUUAACAACAAAUUAUUUAGGAAGAAGCAAUAAUUAUAAAGAUGGAGGAAAUUCAAUGGCAAUUACUUCAGCAAUGUCAAAUUUGGGUUCUCAAUAUUCUACAUCAAAAAACGAAAGACCAUGGAGGCAAAGAUUGGCAGAUUCAGCGAGAUUAAGAAAUUUAGAAGGAACUGGUGAAAUUGCAUCAAAGGUUUCAAAUAAAUAUAUGAUACAUAGAGCUGCAAAAAGAGAUUCAUUAACUUCUGGUGAUGAAAUGUCAAUGAAUGUAAGACAAUAUCGUUCUGUAUUUGAUAAUACAUCAAUAUCUCCACCUUAUUUAUCUCCAAAUGUUAAAAUACCUUCUUCAUUUGAUAAAUCAACUUCAGGAAUAUAUAAUAGUUUUCAGGAUGAUAAUGAUUCAGGUGUAAUGUCAAAAUCAAUAACUUCACGAAGUUCUUGGAAUAACAGUAUAAUUUCUAAUAAAUCUUCAACUUCACAAUUAAAUAAAUCAAUUUCUCAAAUGCACAAUAGUACAGAUAAUAGUAUUAAUAAAACUUCUGAUAUAAAAAUAGAUAUUCUUAAAAAUAAACAUAUGGAUGAUAUAAAAGAAAGUGGUAUAAAAAUGAUUAAUAAUAAAAAAUCUAUCAAAGAGAGAACUGAACGAAGAAAUUCUAGAAAAAAUCUUCUUUCACAAUCGUCAAUUGAUAAUAAAGAUAAGAAAAAAGAUUACUCUUCAUCAUCAUCAUCAUCAAGUGGUGAAGAAAAUAUGAAUAAAAUGAAAGAAAAUCGUGAUAUAUUAGGGAAAAAGAAAAGGAAACUUCGAAAAAAAGAUAGUUUGAUUAAUAAUGAAAUAAAAAAAGAAAAUUAUGAAGCACUAAUAAAUUUACAAGUACCUGAAAAACCAGUUGUAAUAAAAAAAAUUGUAAAACAGCCAAGUAUCACAGAGUUUCCUCCAUCAACACCAACUAUAAUUACACCUCUUUCAACAACUCUUGAAAUUAUAAAUGAUAAAAGUAAAGAACUUAUAAAUAAUAUUUCAAAUAACAUGAAAGAAAAUAAAAAGACAAAUGAAGUUAAAAAAGAAUUAAAAUAUAAUGCACCUAAUACUGAAUAUAUAAAAAGGACACCUGUAAAAACAUUCAUUAAAACAAUUGCCGAAAAACCAAUAGUUGUAAAUGAAAAUAAAAAAAUUAAUAGUAGUAAUGAAAAUAAAAAGGUAACAAAUGACAAUGAAAAAGAAUCUUCAGAUGAAUCUAAAUAUAAUGAUGUUGUUCAUUUUAAAUUACCUUCAAGAAUACCAAAUAUAAGUAUAGAAAAACCAUUAAAUAAAGUAAAAGAUAAAAAAAUUCCUCCAAUACCUGGUAUUUACAUUAAUGGUAACAAUGAAAUAAAUAUAAGUAUUAAUAAAUGUUUCAAAGCUCCAGAACCAAAAUUUUUGGAAUGUGAAAAAAUUUCAAAAGUUAUUUAUACAAAAGUAUUAAAAAAUAUUCAUGUAAAUGUGACUGGAACGUUUAAAGAAUUAAAACGGAAAAAGAAAAAGAUUCUUGUAAUUCGAUCUUCAUUUGAUUUAAAAAAAAAUAUAAAGGAACAAUGUGAAUUAUUAAAUUACACAUAUUAUGAUAAAAAGUUAAGAAAUAAAGAAAACCUCAAAAAGAAUUUUAAAAUUCCUAAAAAACUUGUGGAAAACAUAUCUACUGAGAAAUUAUUAGUAAAAAAUAUUUCUGAAAAAAACGUUAACAAGACAAGUAUUAUCAGAAAAGUCAAAAGUAUUCAACGUGAAAACUUUUCUUGUAAAUGUAUUUCACUUAAACAAAAAUUAUUGGACUUGGAUGUUAUCAAAAAAUCAGAAGAAAAAGUAGCUAAUGUAACAGUUAUGACAUCAAAUAUUACUGAUAUUAAUUUCAAUUCUAUUUCUAAAAAAAUUAAUUUAUAUUCACCGAUACAUUCAAUUGGUAGUUUAACACCAAAAGCCAUGACUGAAGAACCAUUAAGUGUUGAUAUAUCAUUAACAUUACCUGUAAAAUGUUUUCAAGAAAUGAAAAGAGCAUCAGCUCCUCCUGAAUCAUCAUAUAGAAGAAGAAAUAAAAAUAAUGAAACAAGAGCUAGUAUAGUUUUAAAGAGGUUAAGACUAGAAGAUCCGUCAAUUUAUGAUACUCAACCAACUAUUAUUCCUGAAUACAGCCAAAAAUAUAUCCAUUUAAAGGCAGAUCCUAAUUAUAUACCAGGAGAUCCAAUAAUAUUACCAGACUCAUCUACAUUAGAAGAAUAUGUUCGUAGAAAGAGAGGAAAUUUAGAAAAAUAUAUUCAUGAACCAAUUAUAGAAGAAAAUUCAUCUUUAUCAUCAUAUUCUAAUAAUACAUUUAGCCAUUGUGAUAGUCCUAGUAUUGCAUCAACAAUAUCUGAAUAUCAUCCACCAUUACCAGUUAAAAUAAUUGAACCUAAUUUUGCACAUACAUCAAAAAUAAAAUCCAUUAAAAAUAUUUCAAAAUCACAUAUAACUUCUGUUGAAAAUAAUAAUAAUAAUUAUAAUAUGAUUGAUAUGGUUAAUUUUAACUUGAAUAAACCAAAAUUUGUUACUAAUAAUAAACAAAGUGACAAUGAAAAGGACAAUUUUUUAAAUUUAAUAAGAAGACCUUUAAGAAGUAGAGAACAUGUGCCUUCAACAAAUAUUAAUAAAGUUUUUGAUAAACCACAUUCUGCAUUUGAAGAAAGAAUGCAAAAUCAAGCUAAAGCUGUUGUAUUAAGAAGAGCCAAUCCAUCUAUUACUAAUUCAUUUUUAGGAUCAAAUUCAAAACCUAAUGAAUCAAUGAAUGCAUCAUUUGAUGUUACUUGGUCAUCACCAGAUACUUUAAAUGAUAAAAGACAUUUAUCAGCUGACAGUUCUAGUAACAAUCAAUCUAUACAUCAAACACAUAAUAAUUUUAUGACUUCAAGUAAUACUCCAGCAAAACAAAAAUUAGCACAAACUUUUGCUCAUGCUGCAGCGGUAGCUUCACAACCUAGACAUGAAAGAUAUGCAGCACAUUUACCUGCAUCAGGAAAUUCACAGAUUAAUAGAGAAUCAAAUGGAAGACAAUCUACAACAAGUGUUGAUUCUAACAAUAGUUUGGUAUUAGAAAAAGCAUCAACACAAGUAGAACAAAUGAUUGAUAAUGCUAAAUUUAAACAUCAACAAACUCGAAACAAAUUUAAAGAUGCUAUAGAAUAUUUAGAUCAAAUAUUUGAAGAUUUUAAAAAAGAUACUAUUAUGGAUGAAAAUAAAAGAAAAACAUCAAUAGGUAAAGGAAUAAAUGUUUUUCCUACAACUGGAUAUGUUGGAAAAAAUGCUUCUAAUGAAUUUAAUUCAUUAAAAAAUAAUAAUAGAAGAACAAUUGAUCCAAUAAAAAAUAUUACUCUUUAUCAUCAAUCUAAUGGACAGGUUUCAUCAAAUACCUCAUCUCGUAAACCAUCCUAUUCACAAAAUAAUUCAUUAAUUGAAGAUAAUGUUGUUGAAGUUAGUGAAACAAUUAAAUUACCACCUACAAAUAAAAAAUUAUCCUCAGAUAAGUUAGAUUUUACACAAAAAUGGCUUGUUAAUGAUGUUAAAUCAUGGGUUCAUUCACAAAAAAGUGAACCAUUUAAUAAUAAUGAACCUACUAAUUUUGAUUGUGAUGAAGGUUCAGUUGGAAGUUGUUCAGCUGAAGUUGCUGCAAUUAAUUCUAAAGAAAGGGAACGUAAACGUAUUUCUAGUGUAAAUAAUGAUAGUAAUAAUAUCAAAAAACAAGUACCUAAUAAUUAUUUAAUAAAACCACAUCCCUGUAGACCACAACCAUUUCCAAUAGAAAAUAUGAUGAAAAAAAUUCCAAGUAUAGAACAAAUUCAAGGUAACAUUUAUCAACCAACAGGAUCUCAAUUUUUUAAACCUCCAUCAAUGGUAUCUUUAAAUGAAUUAUCCAUAGGUAGAAGUAAUAAUAAUAGAGCUCAAAGUCAAGAAUAUCAAGGAAAUAAUAAUGAAUAUAAUAGUGGAAUUUUUAUGAAAAUAAAUGAUAAAAAUGAAGACAAAAAUAAGGCAUAUAAAAACUUUGGAUCUAUACAAUCAUUACCAGAUGCAGGAAUGUUAAGAAAUCAUAAUGGAGGAUCAUUAAAAAUUGUAAGAAAAAAAGAUGAUGCUAUGAAAGCUAUAGAUGCAUUGGUAGCUGAACUUGAAAUGAAUGUAAAUGAUGAAAAUACAAAAAGAAGAAGUUUUCCUUUAAAUGGAGGUAAUAAAAAUAAUAAUAAUCAAUAUGCACAAAUAAAUAAAGAAUAUGAAAAAAAUACAUGUAUAGGUUUACCAAAACUUGCAUCUGCAUCAAAUUCAUUAUCUAAAAAACAUAGGGCGAAUGAUUCACAUCAACUUGAUGAAAUGGCAAAUUUAUUGACAACAGUAGCGAAUGAUGUUGGAAGUAUACAUUCACGUCGAGGAAAUUUUAAUAACCACCAGGUAUAUGAAUCACCAAUUAAAGGAACACAUAAUCCAUUUGAAAAAAUAAAUAACGAAAGAAUAGGAAGUAGUCGUGUCGAAGCAAUGCAUAGUAUAUUUGAAAACAAAGGAAUGCAAUAUGACAAUCAUUAUAAUUCCGGAGCUAGUAGUCACUUUAAUCAAGCUAAUAAUCAAAAAAUUUCCGGUAAUCUAUGGAGUCGAAAUUCUGCUAAUCAAAAAAAUAUAAAACAAAUUUCUCAAAAUACCAUUGAAGAUGACAAUUACUAUGAGGUAUUAGAUUUUGAUAUAAAUAAUUCUAAACAAAAGGUACCAUCCAAAGUAUCAUUAAAUAAUACAACAAAUUCUGAAUAUAUUCCAUCGUAUCCUAAUUCACAACCACCAUCUUUUCCACCACAAUCAAAACCUACUUCUACAGGCAGUUUUAUCAGUCUAAAUAAAAUGCCAUUGAAUGAACCAAUAAAUAUAAGCAAUAAAAGAAAUAAUCUUAUGAAAAGUAACAGUUUAUCAAUGGAACAUUGGGAAAAACAAGUUCUUCAAGGGCAAUCUUCAGGAAGAAAAUCUCCAGGGAACGCCAGUCAAACAAAUAGAAAAAAUACACUUGGAAGCAGAAUAAAAAACUUUAUUUUUGGAAGCAAAAAAAGUUUAGAAAAUAUUUAA